GAGAGGCUGGCGCGCCGGGCGGCUCCGCGAAUCCUCCGGCAUCCGCCCCGGCGGGCCGCCCCCACCCACGGCAGCCCCCCGAGCAGCGGCCCGGCACCGGAGCCUUCCCGGCGGGUGAGAGUGAGUCAUGGAGCUGCGUGUGGGGAACAAGUACCGCCUUGGACGGAAGAUCGGGAGUGGGUCCUUCGGAGACAUCUACCUGGGUGCCAAUAUUGCCUCUGGUGAAGAAGUUGCCAUCAAGCUUGAGUGUGUGAAAACGAAGCACCCGCAGCUGCACAUCGAGAGCAAGUUCUACAAGAUGAUGCAGGGAGGAGUGGGAAUCCCAUCCAUCAAGUGGUGCGGAGCGGAGGGAGACUACAAUGUGAUGGUCAUGGAGCUGCUAGGGCCCAGCCUCGAGGACCUCUUCAACUUCUGCUCCCGCAAGUUCAGCCUCAAGACGGUGCUGCUCCUGGCGGACCAGAUGAUCAGCCGCAUCGAGUACAUCCACUCCAAGAACUUCAUACACCGGGACGUCAAACCUGACAACUUCCUCAUGGGGUUGGGGAAGAAGGGCAACCUGGUGUACAUCAUCGACUUCGGCCUGGCCAAGAAGUACCGGGACGCCCGCACGCACCAGCACAUCCCCUACCGGGAAAACAAGAACUUGACUGGCACUGCCCGCUACGCCUCCAUCAACACCCACCUGGGCAUCGAGCAAAGCCGCCGCGACGACCUGGAGAGUCUGGGCUACGUGCUCAUGUACUUCAACCUGGGCUCCUUGCCCUGGCAGGGCCUCAAAGCGGCCACCAAGCGCCAGAAGUACGAGCGCAUCAGUGAGAAGAAGAUGUCGACGCCCAUCGAGGUCCUCUGCAAAGGCUACCCCUCCGAGUUCUCCACAUACCUCAACUUCUGCCGCUCCCUGCGGUUCGACGACAAGCCCGACUACUCAUACCUGCGCCAGCUCUUCCGCAACCUCUUCCACCGGCAGGGCUUCUCCUACGACUACGUCUUCGACUGGAACAUGCUCAAAUUCAUGCGGCCCCCCUCAUGCCAGCCCCCUGCCCUUCCCUGUGGACGACCCCAGGACCAACUAGGGCGCAGCCCGGAACCCCGAGGACGUGGACCGGGAGCGGCGAGAGCACGAGCGCGAGGAGAGGAUGGGACAGCUCCGUGGCUCGGCGACCCGGGCCCUACCCCCUGGCCCGCCCACAGGGGCUGCUGCCAACCGGCUCCGCAGUGCCGCAGAGCCUGUGGCUUCCACCCCGGCCUCCCGCAUCCAGCAAGCUGGCAAUACUUCUCCCAGAGCGAUCUCACGAGUCGACAGAGAGAGGAAGGUGAGCAUGAGGCUACACAGGGGGGCGCCUGCCAACGUCUCCUCCUCCGACCUCACUGGGCGGCAAGAGGUCUCCCGGAUUUCAGCCUCACAGACAAGCGUGCCAUUUGACCAUCUCGGAAAGUGAGGAAGAGCCACCAUCGGACCAGUAUUUGCUUAGAUGGGAUGCCUUCAGCACAGAGGAUUCUUGUCCCUACGCGUUUCCCAUUGUCCACAACCUUCAGGCAGCCGAAUGCUCCCCCGACAUGGGGCUCCACACGCCAGGCGCCAUGGCCGCGCCCCAGCCAGCGCAGACACCGGGCCGAGAGGGGCUAUUUGCAUGUUGGAGAUGCCGCUGGUCCUCGUGUGCCAUCAAGAGGUGGCCUGAGGAGCCGGGGGGAAUGGUGUGGUUGGUCGGGGUAGAUCCCACUGGGUGCUCUUGAGUCUUGGGACCCCAGGAAACAGGCACAGCUCCUACUGCCCCGAAAUGACUGUGGCCGAAUUUCUGGGUUGGGGUUUUCAGUGUCCCCUGAACGUCUGGGUCUCUUUGCCUCUCCAAGAAGACUCUGAGGAAUGGGUGGCGAGGUGGUGGGGGGCUGGGAUUCCUUGUUUGUGUGUGUCUGUCUGUCUUUGUAGCUCCCAGGACAGCAGGUGCCCUGCCCCACCUGCCAGGCGGACUUUUGGUUCUCGCCCUCCUAACAAGGACACAGGGGUAGGCGGUGACUUUCCGUGGCCCCCAAGAAGGGCACAGAGGGUCCUUGUCACUGCCAAUCCCUGAGACUGUCAGCAGCCUGUGGCAGCCCCAUCCCCUUUCCGUGGUCUUAGGGCAGAUCUGUGACUACUUCCAGAAAGCAUCCGGCUCCUGGGUUAUGAAUUAAUUCUCUGGGCAGGCCACACUCACCUGGCGCCCCACCCUCCCUCCCCACGUUCUGCCUCUCUCUCCAGGAGGAGCCUGGGGUCAGGGCUGGGCACCGGAUUCAUCCACCCCUCCUAGUUAACACCCAUUUUUACUUUAUUUUUAUUUGUUUUCUCUGUGUGUGUA